AUGGGGGAGACGCUCGCCGACAAAAACCAAGCAUAUUGGAAUAAUGCCUCCCAGCUAGUGUUUAAAGACAAAUGGGUACACGAUCUGCAGAAUCAGAUUUCUGAAUUUCUGAUGGGAAAUCUGGACUGGAUAGGCGUCCAGUCUCCCACUGUCGAUAACAGCCGGCAGACGAAAUUGAUGGAUUACGCCUGCGGAAAUGGCAUUGUCUCUCGCUCCCUCCACCGUCACUUUUCUAAAUGCAUUGGCAUCGACCUAUCAGAUGGCAUGUUGGACAAAUAUCGUGCAACCGCAGUGGAACUAGGCCUCGACGAGUCGCGCAUGUUAGCGGUUCAAGGUGACCUCUUAGCUCCCACAGUCACUCAAACUGAACCUCCACUCAGUGAGGAGGAGCUGAGUGGUUUCGAUUUGGUGGCCAUUUGUAUGGCAUUGCACCAUGUCGAUGAUAUCGUGUUGGCCACCAAACGUCUCGCCGAGAGACUGCGACCGGGCGGUGUCCUUCUAAUCAUUGACUGGGCAACGCGUAAUUCAUCGCACAAGACUGAACAGCAAGCUAGUGUGCAGACAACUCCGUCCGUUUCGGAGAAUCAUCACCAUCACCAUCAUCACCACAUGAAUGACACGAUAGAUCCGAAACACCCUGCAGCGCAUACCAUCUCCCAUGACAGCUUUUCUCAGAGCCAGAUAUUCUCACUCUUUGAACAGGCAGGCUGUGGAGAGUCCCAGCUUGUGCUGGCGGAUCGACUAUCGCCUGUUCCCGGCGCACGGAGUGGGGAGAUGCAGUUAUUCUGGGCUCGGGCAACCAAACUGUAA